GGGCUCUAUGCAUGCUAGGCAGGUGUUCACCUACUGAGCAACACCCCUUAGCUACACUUGUGGAUUUAAAAUUCUCUUUGAUGAUCUCAUUUACUGUGAUGGUUUGAGAAUUGCUGCCACAUACUAGUCCGUUUGUGUCCACUGUGCUUCUGCACUUGUGUCAAGUAGCUAGCAGAUUCUGCUGUGUGCUUUAUGCUUGUCAGUAUUUAAACAGACCACAUCAUGCGUGAGUACAAGCUAGUGGUCCUUGGUUCAGGAGGCGUGGGAAAGUCUGCUCUGACAGUUCAGUUUGUUCAAGGAAUUUUUGUUGAAAAAUACGACCCAACGAUAGAAGAUUCCUACAGAAAGCAAGUUGAAGUAGAUUGCCAACAGUGUAUGCUGGAAAUCCUGGAUACAGCAGGGACAGAACAAUUUACAGCUAUGAGGGAUUUGUAUAUGAAGAAUGGCCAAGGGUUUGCAUUAGUAUAUUCUAUUACAGCUCAGUCCACAUUUAAUGAUUUACAGGAUUUAAGGGAACAGAUUUUACGGGUUAAGGACACAGAAGAUGUUCCAAUGAUUUUGGUUGGCAAUAAAUGUGACCUGGAAGAUGAGCGAGUAGUUGGCAAAGAACAGGGCCAGAAUUUAGCAAGACAGUGGUGUAACUGUGCCUUUUUAGAAUCUUCUGCAAAGUCAAAGAUCAAUGUUAAUGAGAUAUUUUAUGACCUGGUCAGACAAAUAAAUAGAAAAACACCAGUGGAAAAGAAGAAGCCUAAAAAGAAAUCAUGUCUGCUGCUCUAGACCUGAAGUCAGCAGCAGCUCUGAGCCAGAUUAUAGGAAUGAAGAACUGUUGCCUAAUGGGAAAGUGCCAGCAUUCCAGACUUCAAAAUAUAAAUCC